CUUUAGUAAGCGCAAGAAAGCAGAGCAGCAUCACCUUGCACAGAGACGUCGAUGUUGUCAUCGACCAGCGUCGUCGAUGUAGAUGGACUACUUGCGCACCUUAAGCGUCGGCCUUCAGGAUAUAACCACCGCGAUUGGGUGGUGCUACCUGACCCUCUUGAGGAUGAAGCCAAGGAUCGUGCAAAAGAGCGAGGAAUUGACGAAGAGGGUCGAGAGCGCUUUUGGGGCGAGAAAGAUAAUUCCUCAGAGCUUACUGUGACGCGCAUGAUUGUACACCUUGCAGCAACCUCGUCGGAGGACUGGAGGCUCGUGCUUGAGGUCUGCGAGCUUGCGUCUGCUACUGGAACGAAUGCCAAGGAGGCUGUGAAAGCCCUCAGGAGAGAAUUGAAAUAUGCAGGGCCUGAAUCUCAAUUGUCUGCUGCUAGGUUGUUGGAAAUAAUGCUCCGCAACACGUCCGAUAUUUUCCUUACUCAAAUCAGUUCCCGUAAAUUUAUUGACACCCUCGAGGACGUGCUAAUAAGCUCAAGAACGAGCCCUGUCGUUAGAAAACGACUAAUGGAGGUGCUCGCAGCAGCGGCCUUUAUCACCAGCUCACGUACGUGGUAAUCUAAUUUUAUUCUUCACUAUAUAUCCCCCUUGCUGAAUAUCUUUAUUACCUUAUCUGCUGUUUACUUUAUAUACAUUUUUGGAAGCCCGUCUUUAUCGA